CCCAGCCCAGCGCCGCCCGCUCCUCCCUGGGCGCUGGGAGAGGGGUCCGAGCAGCCGCGGGGGCCCGCGGGAAAGGGGCUCUGCAACACCCGAGCUGGGUUCUGCAGAGCCUCGCAGAAGGACGAGGCCUCUGGAGUCGUUCUGCUCCGCUUGACUCCCCCCUCAGAGCGUCUCUGUCCCUGCCCGGCGCUGGACAGGCUGCCGGCGGGGCGUGUACGCGCUCUCGGUAGGAGCUCCCCCCGCAGCAGCGGUGCCGGGGCGCUCCUGGGGCCUGGCGCGGUUAAACGCUCGCACCGUCAGAGCGGAACGAGGCUGCACAGGCGUAUGCCGUAGGAGUGCUUUGCAGCAGCUCUGACUACGUUUAAGCCGGGGAACCUCUGUGGAGAUGCUUAAAACUUGCCAGUACAAGGCACGGAGCAUCUUUUUCAGACUUCAGUGCUGGUCCUGCUUUGAGCAGAAGGUCAUGCAGAUGAUCUCCAGAGGGCUUUCAGCCUACAUUCUCCCAUGAAUGUACUGACAGCCUACAGACAAGGAACUAAAGUACGGAAGGACAAGGCUCAGCUGAGUGUCAGUGUCAAGAGAUUUGUGAAGAAGCUUGAGAAUAUUUUUGAUAAUGAAGCUCAGGAGAUCCUGGAAGAGAAGAACUAUGUUGCUGCUCUUGGAAUAUGUGCCCAAGAUCCAGUGGGAAAUGGCUCAAAUAUAAGUGGUGGUGAUGUUUACUCAUUCCAGACUCCCAAACGCUCCAAUAAAAUGGCAGAGUUGGCCUCUGAAUUAGCCCAGACCCCAGAACAGAAAGUGACACCUGAUCACUCCAAGUGCUCUGAGAAGAUGGCCAAAACCCCUCAAAACAACAAACAUUCAAGUUCAAACAAAGUGCAGCAGAGGAGUAAAAAGAAAGAAUUUGUGUCCACUACACCUUACAGACUCAGAAAGAGACUAGCAGCUCCAGAUCCCUAUUUAGAAAGUGAGAGUGAGUAUUCUGCUUCCUGCUCAGAGGAGGAGGAUGAGGAUGAAGAGAAGGAAGUCAGCACUGUUUUAUCAGAUCAAAAGACUCCGGCAAAAACUAAGGCUGCAUCUACACCUCCUCUCAGAAACAGCCUAGCCAAAAAAAAUAAGGAGCAAAAGAUGGGCAACCUGGUGGAGGAAUACUUUGAAGCUCACAGUAGUUCCAAAGUGCUCACUUCAGACCGAACACUGCAGAAGUUGCGGAAAAAAAGAUUGAAUCAGCAAACACUGCAUAAUCUUUUGAAAAAUGCUCCCCUUGCCUAUGCUGCUGAAAUCAGAGACCUUAACCAGCAACAUGAAUCCUUGUUUUCCAAGUGGAUGCUGCAAUUACACUUGGGUUUCAAUAUUGUGCUUUACGGACUGGGCUCAAAGCGUGAUCUGUUGGAGAAGUUUCGUACCUCUUUGCUCCAGGAUUCUGUUCACCUGGUGGUUAAUGGAUACUUCCCCAGCAUCACUGUGAAAUCUAUUCUCAACUCCAUCACAGAGGAGGUUUUGGACCAUAUAGGAACCUUCCGCAGCCCCCCUGACCAACUUGAAUUCAUUACCAAAAGGUUUAAAGAAGAUUCAUCUUUAGAGCUUUAUGUCCUCAUUCAUAACCUGGACAGCCAGAUGUUGAGAGGAGAAAGAAGUCAGCAGAUCCUUGCACAGUUAUCCUCCCUGCCUAGCAUUUACCUCAUUGCCUCUAUCGAUCACAUCAAUGCUCCUCUCAUGUGGGAUCAGGCAAAGCUGAGCCUCUAUAACUGGCUUUGGUAUGAGACAACCACAUUUAAUCCUUACGUGGAAGAAACAUCUUAUGAGAACUCACUUUUAAUACAACAGUCUGGAUCUUUGGCUUUGAGCUCCCUAAUGCAUGUCCUGCACAGCCUCACUCUCAAUGCCAGAGGGAUAUUCAGACUGCUUGCUCAGCACCAGCUGGAGAAAAAGGACAAUCCAUCUUAUCCAGGCAUGUCUUUCCAAGACUUUUACCAGCAGUGUCGGGAGGCUUUCCUUGUGAACAGUGACUUGACACUCAGGGCACAGCUGACAGAAUUCAGGGACCACAAGCUGAUCCGGACCAAGCGGGGAGCUGAUGGUGUGGAAUACUUACUAAUUCCUGUCGAUGACAGUACCUUGACUGACUUCUUAGAGAAAGAGAAUGAAGAUGUGUAACAUCUGUGUCCUCAGUGUCUACAGCAACUACUCUCAGUGGCUGCUGGAGAGGGGCCUAUGCUCAGAUCUCUUUAUCCAGACUCACAGCUGCUGGCACUGAUAAGUAAUAAUUCUAAUGAAUCUUGCUCAUUGUUCAACUACCUCAGGUAGUUUGGAAUGAUGACUUCUGUAAGCAAGGCCUCUCUUGCGCUCUAGUUGGAUUUGUCUGCUUUGUCUCUUAGCUCAGACAAUGCCUUCUUCCUAUCUGUGCAUGCAACCUCACAGCCAGAAAAACAAACUUGGUGAGAUUGUGCCUUCUGCUCUCUACCUCAGUAGACUUGAAGGUUUUAUUGGAGCAAUUUACUUGGGAAGUGCAAAUCACAAGAUGGUCAAGAGCUUUAGUUUGUACUAGUGGUGCAAAUUUUCUCAACUGAGUGCUAUCCAGUACUCCUCUACCAUUUAGACAAAACUAGCUUCCAGUAUAUGAAGACAAGACUUACAAUGCUACAAGACCUGCCUUGACUGCAUAAGGAAAGGAGAAUGUGAGUGUGUUUGGGAUGCUGCAGGUAACUUAGUAAAUUCUGGCAAUAAAACUGAAGGACUUGUCCCAAACCAACAUCCUUUUAUAAGAUGUAGAUAAUCAAAUCAAAUUAUGAUGGACUCAUGUUAUUGCCUGCUACUUUCCAAGGUGCAAUCCAGGACUAUGAGGGGGCUGUGAAGCUUUUUUGUUUAUUUUUUUAAAGCUUGAUUGUAUAUUUAUAUUUUUUACAUCAGGAGUGCCCACUGAUCCUGGAGGAGGCCUUAAGUGCCACUUAGAAGCUCUCCCUUUUUUUAAGCUCUUAGAGGUUGGGAGACGGCUGAAGUAUGACAUCUUCAAUUCUUUUUUUCUCAGUUAUGUGGGAGGAAGCUGUAUAGUUCCAUCAUCUGUAGUCUGCCAGCCAGACUUCAGGGACUCUCUAUGCCUAAUAUUUGGUAGCUGUCUUACAGCUCAUUGUUGUAAUAGUUCAAAUCAAUCAAAUAAAGUACUUUAUUAAUUUUCAUUAGUUUGUCUCGUCUUUCACAAUCUUUUUAUGUUACAGGAAGACAGAAAUCCUUGUGGCAGUUGUGCAAAAGCCUCAUUUUCAUUAUUAUGUCAAAUAUCCAUGCAGAAGAUUUCAAACUACUGAGUAGAAAUAUUUUACAUUGUUUCUUACGUCAAAAUCAAGAAUCACUUGCCUGCCUUUUAAUACCAGUAUAUAGCUUCUGAAGAGAACCAAAGCAUCCCAUGGAGCAAUAGUACCUUAUCUGCCCCUCACUGACAGAAGCAAGAGAGAUGUAUGGCCUGACUUUUGUAUUAGAGCAUCUACCUACCCCACUGUCAA